GGGCGUGUUGCCAAACACAAAACAAGCCUCGGAAACCCGGUUCACCCAAGUUUUCUGAGACAUGUAUCGUACCUAGGUACCGUCGACCCAACCUUGGAAUGCGCUGGAACUGCGACUGCAACGACCUCCGUCGGCAGCCCUCCGGAUAAUCGCCAGUCCAAAAGGUAGCAACACCUUCGUGCAAAGAAAACAAAUUGGACGGCUAUCGUAUUUGACGCCUCGAAGCUGUGGUUGGUGAUGCAGCCGUGGAGGUCGCUCGCCUGCCUCAUGCGACCCUGGCCACACAUCUCACCUCAUCACCACGGCUCGUUCCGUCCUGGGUCUGGACAUUCUGCAGUCUUCGAGGAUGAGGCCUGCCUGCCUGGCUCUCAACUGUGCGCAAUCGACCCACCAGUCGAUACCGAGUGCGCAGGAACGCUGUCGCCCAAAGUCUUGGUACCCACGGCUCGCUCAACCAUGUGCAGUCGCACCUCCAAGCGAGUAACAAGUGCCGCGUGCCCUCCUCUUUAUGUCGAGUAUGCAAGCCAUCUAUCCAUUACCAGAUGCGCACAACAUUUGAUUGACUUCAGCCACCCACCGCCUAUAUUACAAAAUACCGAGAGAAUUGAGGGGUCCAGUCAUCGGCGCAGAGGGGCUUUCUCAACACCGGAGUCGACGCAGGCUGUUCCAACUACGCAUGCUGCGCACGACGCCAGGACGAGUGUUCGAGACCCGUUCAGAUAUCGCAAGCGUCGAGGCCCUACAGAACCGCGGCGGUGGUGAGCUAGCUGAAGCGGGCGACCAUCGGAAGGGAUCCCGGGCCCCAUUCGUGUUCCUUCAUGCUGUCAGCCUGCGGCUUCGCUAAAGCCAGCCGCCCGCAAACGUGUCUGAAGAGACGCGUCACGGCAGUUUCUGCUGUAUGAAGAGGUAUCCUGAGCUGCUUCGAUGAGUUACUGCUACAUGAGGCCUCAUCUACGACCGGUCAUCAGACCAUGCCCUCUUAACCGCUCUUCACGUCAAUAAAAGCAUGACCCGAAAUACCAAAGCCUAGCUCCCGCACUCGUAUC